AUGUCCGGGCCACAAAGCCUUCUGACCUCAUGGCUUCCAGGCUACUUGGCAGCGGCCGCCACUGCCGGCUCCACCAGCGUCGGAGUCGACAGUACCGCCGGUUUUUCUUCGCCAGCCUCAGCUGCGCCAUACCUACUUUCCUCUGCUCUUCUGCCCGGACUGGUUGACUCCGGUGAAGCCAUCUCCGGACCGGCUUGUGCGCCCAGUUACCGCGCCGCUUAUCUCGGCUUCCCCGAGUCCAGUGCAACCGGACUCUCUGGCCUAAAGACGACCUGUCUUCCACCGACUCAUCUGCUCGGCCAGCCUCAGUUGGGCCAAUCUGUAUGUCCGACCGUCACCGGUCAGUCCUUUCUGCCGGUCGGCGACGUCCACCUGGGCACUGGGACUCCGGCCGAUCUGGCCGAGCUCAAUCUCAGCCUCGGCCUUGGGCUUGGACUGUUGCCGUCGACCGCCGACUUGUCCGGCCUCUUUUUCGAGCCCUCCAACCCGCCGACUGGACCCUCGGGUCCCGGACUCAGUCUGCUUCCGUUGCCCGGUUGUCCUGCC